AGUUAAGGACAAAGUAAACGCAGAAUCGUUUGUGUUGUCUCAUUUUCCCAAUCACUUUAUACAUACAAAUUAGCAAUUAUAUUGCAAUUUUUGUAUGAGCACAAUGGUGGAGAAUGAAUUAUUUCGCAAACAAACUUUGUCUAUAAUGACACUGUUGUCAGAAACAGCUCGAGACGAAAUUCAGAAAGUUUUUGACUGUGAAUUUCGCCCAUCCCAAAAUGAAAUUGAUUGUGACCGAGAUCCAAUAUUGGAAAUGAAUGAGAAACAACGCAGAUUGUUCCAAAACUGAACAUAAGGCAUGUGAAGAUGCCCAGAAAAACAACCAGUAGUUAAUAUCUGUUGCAGGCAAAGCUCACAGCUGUGAUGGAGACCUUUACCAACGUGGCUGUUCAAAAAAUAUGCAAAGUCUUCAAUUAUUGCUUUGCUCUUAAGCCAACUCAGCUGAAGGGCUCUAAAAGUUACCAUGAUGAUAUAGUAAAUGUGAAAGAGAUGGCGAAGGAGCAUCUGAACAAACCAGAAAGAAAAAACAAUCCAACUGUCAAAAAUGUGCCUGAUUCUGCAGCUGUAGCUCCACCAGUGUCGACGGAGAGACCGAAUAUACUCAUCGUGUUACCUGAAGAAAAUGUACAACCACAAGAUUCGGUUAAAGCCCAGCAGUGUGCAGAGGAGGGACACGUUUCUGAAUUUUCUCCUGAGUCGUCAAGAGAUGGAAAAGAGACGCCAAUGCAAACAUUUUUUAUAGAAUUUGAAUACAGUUCCAUUGCCUCUGUUGAAGACCAGCAACCUGAAGUAAGCCCGCAGGCAGAGCAAAUCAGUACAAAGUCCGAAAAGACAAUAUCAUUUGACUGUAAUGAAUGCGGGAAGAAGUUAAAAUCCUUGAAAAGGUUAGAGAAACACCUACUGCAUCACAAUUCAGGCGGUAAGAAAGGGGUCUGUAAGACAUGUGGGAAAACCUUUGCCAAUGUUAAGAUGCACGAACGUGUCCACCUGGAAGUGAAGCCGUUUCUAUGUUCCAUGUGUGGACACAGCUUCACCGUAAAGGGGAGUUUACUGACACACCAGAGGAUCCAUACAGGUGAAAAACCAUACAGCUGUGAGACAUGUGGGAAGCUCUUUAUAAACCAAGGAAACCUCAACAAACAUCUGACUGUUCAUUUAAAUGAGAAACUGUGGAAAUGCAGCGUCUGUGACAAGUCAUUCAAAAGAAAAAGCGAAUUGAAAUUUCACCAGAUUGUGCACACAGGGGAGAAACCCCAUACAUGUCACAUAUGCGGGAAGAAGUUUGGCCACAUUACAAACCUUAGAAGGCAUCUCCCUGUGCACAGCGGUGUGAAACGGCAUGCGUGUGAAAUCUGUUCCAAGCAGUUUUAUUCGAGCAAAUCUCUGAAAAGGCACAUGGCAGAGCACGGAGCUCCGAAGCCAUUCAUGUGUGAAAUAUGUGGAAAGAGCUUUGUAUUUAACUUUGCUUUAAAGAGGCACUUACUCACACAUAGUAAGAAAUCUGGAGAAAAUCUAGAUGGUGGCAAAUCUAAAGGUGGGAAGAUCACUUUCCCUUGUGAUGUAUGCGGAAAAUGCUACAGUUCUACCUUUAUCCUCAGAAUGCACAAGAGAAUCCACUCGGAAAAGGAUCCGUACAUGUGUAAAGUCUGCGGUAAAAGCUACAGCUGCUUGCAUUCGCUAAAGGAACACAAGAAAAUUCAUUCAGGGGUGACGCCGUUCAAGUGUGGUGUGUGUGAUAAGACUUUUAUUCGGAAAAUUGGUUUGAAAAUGCACGAGAUUGUUCAUACCAAAGCUAAACCCUACAAAUGUUCUGUUUGUGGGAGCAAAUUUGGAGUUCCUUACAGUCUCAGACUGCAUAUGCGCAUUCAUUCCGGGGAAAAGCCACACAAGUGCGAAACUUGUGGAAUGUGCUUUCGCUUAUCUGGAAGCUUAAUCCGACACAAGCGUGUCCACACAGGCGAGAGGCCGUUCAGCUGUGAGGUCUGUGGGAAAAGGUUUGUACAAAUUAGUCAUAUGAGGGCACACAUGCAAAUCCACACUGGUGUGAAACCCUUCACGUGCCAGAAAUGCGGGAAGAAAUACGCAUACCGUAGAAAUUACAAUGACCACAAAUGUAUACCUGGGUGAAAAGGAAAUUUGUUUUGAGAUGAAUUGCAGUGUUAUAGUUAGUUUCUUUCAGUCAAAUGUUUGGAAAUGUCAUGAAGGUUCACUAUCUGUUAAAGACAACAAUAUGUACAAUAGCACGGUGUAUUUGUUUUACCUUUAUUUUCUUUCUUGGAAGAAAUUCUGGAUAAGUAUCAAUCAAUUUUUCAUACAUUCAAUAGAGAUAGAAAAUAGUUCUACAUUGCGAAUUCCUCAUUACAGUGUACUAUAUGGCCAAGAAUAAAAUUUUUUUUGGGAAUGCAAUGUUUUUUUUAUUAUUUUGUUUUAUGUACAUUUAUGGUAGGCAUGGUUUAAACUAACAACCAUUCUGUGGUUAAAGGAUUAGGUCACUUCAAAAUUAAAAAUUUAAAUAGUAAUAUAACAUAAUUUUUUUUUUUUUCGUUCAUACUGCAGAGAAGACGUUCAAUUUUAAGGUCUGUGGGGACUGGUUUCGAGAACCCGACCAUGUUAAAGAACAGAACAUAUCUAAAUUCAUACUGGAGUGAAACCCUACACAUGCCAGAAGUGUAGGAAGAAUCAUGUAUAUCGUAGACAUUUUAAUGAUCACAAAUGCAAACCUGUAUGAAAAAGAUGUGGUGGAAAUAUUGUAACAUUAGGCAAAUGUUUCCAUUGUGAAAACAUUAAAUUAAAACAUGCUGAACAA